CUCUAUCCAACAACCAAUCAACGCAUCCGACACUUGUACGCGACAUGAAUAUUAGCCUAACCUGACUAGCCUAACUUUAAAAAUAUGUGCGGUUAAAAUUGAGAUAACGAGUGAGACUCAAAAGAGGCUAGAGAGGUAAAAAGAAGCUGAAAUAAAUGAGUUGUUGGAAUAGUUUGUGAACCAAAUAUAAGAGAAUGGAUCGCACAAGUUUGGGUAGUUCGUUAGGGCGUUCGAUAGCCUCUCCUAGAAAACGAAUGUCGAUAGUGCAAUCAUUGAAGAAAAAUAGUUCUGCAGCAAGUGUUUCUGGGCGCACAAAUCAAUCUGUACAAACAAUAUGCAGAACAGCGAAUCAUACAGUUGAGAGCUUUGGAUCUUCAUUACCAGUUCUAGUCACUGAAGCAUUAACAUUCAUGGAUCGAAAUACAGCUGUUAGUGUUAAUGUAUCUACAGAUGGCUGGGCUUGGCUUGUUUACGGCCGCAAAUUACUUGUGUGGCAGUGUAAAACCACUAUUCACGAUCCCAAGCAAAGAAGAACUUUCAAAACUCAAUGUCGUGAAUUAUUGCUACCUCAGAGUGACUUAGCUCACAAGGCAGAUUGUAUAGCAGUCUGGCUACCUACUGAUCACCAGGUUCCUAGUUGUAUGGCAGUGUCACCAGAAGGAAUAGUACGUUUCUGGGCAAGUGUUGCACAUGAGGGAUCUUCUGUAGAAACUAGUGCAGAGCUUGCAGGACAAGAAGUUGAUUGUCUUAUGUAUGUACCAGGCCAUGGCUGUAUUCUAGCUACUACUACAUGUACAGUAGCACUUUUACAGCCACAAUUUAAUAAUGGGAAAAAUACUAUCACAUGUCAAGUACUGCGAACAAGUCAAGGAUGGCUUGGUGGCAUAGGUCGUAGAAUGACUUCCUUGAUUUUUGGAGCAAUACCACAAUCACCUGUUGCAGAAACGAAAUUAGUGAAAGUUACGUGUACACCAUUGAGUGAAAAGGGUUCAAGAGUUCUCAUUCUUGCUGGUUCUUCUUUGCAAUAUUGGUUUUUUUCUCAUAAUGAACAAGAAAAGAUGGAAUUUGAUGAAGAUAUUACUCAUAUUGUUUUACAAGCAUUUCAAAGAAAACUUUGGGAAUCAAGUCCAUGUAAUCCUCAAAGAAUGAAUACAUGGUUUAUCGAUAUGCAAACGUGCGAGGAAGGAAUAGUCCUUUUAAUGGCGGCUUAUAACGACGAGGUAUCUCUUCAAAUACAUUUUGCACUUGGAUUAAUACCUUUAAGUGGCACAACUUUGUCAAACACGUUUAAAUGGUUCCUAAAGGUUCAGCUUGGUCCACUGUUCUAUGUCGAUGAUAUGGAGAUGAUAGAGUCAACAUUAAGUUCUUAUCGUUUUAUAUUGUCUGGCUGGGAAGCUAUUAUAUAUAAUCAAUAUAAUGUACUUGUGGUUAACACUGCAUCUGAAAUUGAUCAAGAUAAAAUAGAUCUGGUAAGAGGUGGUGAAGACAGUAUACUGGGUGGCGCUUUAUGUUCAGGAACUCCAGUAUUAUUCACAAAGAGUGUUGGUUUAGUGUCUAUUACACCAGUCGACUUUCCGACCCAAGAUUUUAAUACAGGAUACACGGACACUAAUAUAAGUAUGGAUUAUAGCUAUAAAGCGAAUCAAACAGCACAGAAUUUUUCUACUUUGAUAAGUAAUGAAGAACUUCAGGAUAUGUAUUAUAGUUCUGACGGAGCUACGCAAUUACGCACCGCAUUUCUUUUAAGUUUGCGUCAAAAUAAGGCACAAUGCGACGAAAUCCUUUCUCAACUUUUUCCUCUACAAGAGGACCCGGUGAUGGAUAUUGAUGCUACUCUCGACACACUUAUUUUGAAAGUUGCGAAGGAUUUGAUUGAUGAUUAUCCAGCAAAUGAUCCAAGAUGGGCUAAUCAUAGGGAUUUAUCAAUGACAGUAAAUGCAGUCAUCUCCAUGCAAAUACCUCAUCAACUAGAAGGAAAACAAAAAGCAUUAGAUCUUUUUGUACAAUUCUUGAAGGAACAUAAUUUAUGGAGUAGAUUCUGCGCAGUUACAUACAGAGGAACUAUCAUGUCUACGUCGCAUGUACUCGGUGAAUAUGCGGAGAAAAUAGUUGCAGCUUUAACUGUAUAUAAUCUUCAAAAUAGAUAUUCUGAGAUUAUAGAUGCAGUGAUAGGUGAAACAUUGCAGCCAGAAGCUUACGUAUCCGACGAACUUACGGCACGCGACAUAUUUUUCCGCGAAGUGAGCACAGUACAUUUAUUCUUACCAACUUUAGUAAAUAAAGCGAGCGAAGUCACUCAAUCUGAAAGACCUUUGCAACAAGUCGGACAGUACAUUAUGCAAGUUAAUUCUAUUUUAUUGGCUGUGUUACAUGAAGUAGUGAAAUAUCGUCAAUAUAACGCUGAACGGUUUGUUCCUGCAAAAUGUUCAAAUGUGAUAACAGAGUAUCUUCCUUGGACAGCAAAAUCAGGUAAACAUGGCUUAAGGAAUUGUCUCAACACAAUGCAAAGUAUUACUAUUAAACACGGUGUGACAGGGACAAGUGACUCUACCGUUAGAAAUGAAUUGUACGAACAGUUAGUCAGUCUUAUUGAUUUAAUACUGGAUGGAAGGAAAUGUCAUUUGGAAAGCAUUCGUGGCACAGAGAAAUUCGAAAUUCUUUUAAAACAAUACGAGACAGAUCGUGCCAAUUUAAUUCAGCCACUGAUAAAGGAAGAGCAGUAUGAUAACGCUGCAAUGCUCGCUGAAAAGUAUUGUGACUUCCCAUCGCUUGUGCAAAUUUGCGAAUUGACUAACAAUAAAAAUCGACUUGAUGCAUAUAUAGAGAAGUUUGCAGCGCAAGAUUUUGCUGGCUUCUUGUUUUCUUGGUACGUGAAAGAUGGACGCCAAGGACAAUUAGUGGAAAGAUGCAGACGUGGUGGCACUGCAGAAUUAACAGAAAAGUUGUCAGAACAUCCAACUUUGUCCUGGGUACAAUCGGCUCUAACUGAUGAAUUGCGACUCGCUGCCAAUACACUUCAUACCUUGGCAGUUCAAGAAGCUGAGUUGGUUACUCGUAAAAAGUCGAUGCUUUCGUUAGCCAAGUUGGCUUUGCUUGCUUCGGACGAACCGGAAGAUAAAGUAGUAGACAGUGCAAAGAUGAUCGACAAUGAAUUGGCACUCAUAGCUUAUCAGGAAGAUUUACCAACUCAAGUUCUCACAACGUAUGGCUACGAUAUUGAGAAAUUACGAGUACUUGCACCAAGAGAAUUAAUUAUGUUAUACACUUCGAGCGAAAACGUCAUAGCCAAUGAAUAUGACUUCAAGAAAGCUCUCGAUUUACUUGAUUACGUGGAACAAGAGGAGGAUAAAUUGUCUUUGAGAUUACUCGUUUGGGCACGCGCGGCUCGACGGAAUCAGUGGAACACCGUGGAGAAGAAUCCUGAACAACAAGUUCAGGAAACAUUAUUUUUCAAAUUAAUGGACCUUGUGUAUUUUAUGGGCGGCAAAGUAGAGGAAUUUCUGCCAUCAGUUGAUGUACUUCUCAAGGAAUCAGAACUGGAAGAACUCGCUGCAUCAAGUAACUUCCAAUUUCUUAUCAAAUUAAUUUAUGAAUAUGCUUAUCGAAACUAUUAACGCGGAAAGUACUCUUGUAAGUACAGCCAUAGUUUAUAUUUUUGUACACAAUAUUAAUAAAGUAACGAUAUAUCGUUAAAAACGAUAUAUCGUUAAAAAUAUGAAAUUA